UUCACCGGCAAGAGCGGCCGGCUGCUGCGGGGCACGGCCAGCCGCCUGUGGGGGCUCGGCGGCGGCGGCGGAGGGGAAGAAGCCCGGCAGGUGCGCUUCGAGGACUACCUGCGGGAGCCGGCUCCGGGCGACCCGGACUGCGGGCCCGUCGAGCAUCCGCCACCCUCGCUGGCCAGUCCCGAGGGACCCGACUCCCGAUGUUGUCCAUCCAAAAGAAGCGUUUCCCUCCUCUGCUGUCAGCAGUAUUCGGCCUGCAAGAGUUGUGUCUUCAACCUCUGAGGAAGAAGAAGCGUUCACUGAGAAGUUUCUCAAAAUUAAUUGCAAAUACAUCACCAAUGGCAAGGGCACUGUCAGUGGCGUGCUGCUAGUCACACCCAAUAAUAUAAUGUUCGAUCCACAUAAAACAGACCCCCUGGUUCAAGAGAAUGGCUGUGAGGAGUAUGGCAUCAUGUGCCCAAUGGAAGAGGUGAUGUCAGCUGCCAUGUACAGAGACAUUUUGGAUAGCAAAAUAAAGGAGUCCUUACCCGUAGAAAUGGAUCAGUUGUCAGGAAGGGACAUCUGCCAUUCCAAGAAGACGACAGGAACCGGUGCUGAGGACGCCGACUCGAGAACCCGCGACCCAGGUACGACAGUGCCAGCACGGCUCCCCGGAGCACGGAGGAGUCCCUGUCGGAGGAUGUCUUCACCGAGUCAGAACUCUCUCCUGUCCAGGAGGAGCUCCUCUCCUCAGAGCUGCAGCGGCAAGAGAAGUCCUCCAACGCCUCGUCGGAGUCUGUGCAGACUGUCAGUCAGAUGGUGUGGUGCCGCCGGAGGAGACGCAGACCAUGGGGCAGGACAGACCCGGGGGAGAGCCGCAGCAGGACUCGGAGACCGAAGUCGAGGAACUGCGCAAUGCUUAUAUGUAUGUGUACAAUCUUAUAUGUUUCUCUGUGUGACUAUGUGUGUUGUGUGUGUGUACUUCUCUUUUCUCUACCCAAUUCCAAUUUAAACUGACUAUGAUAUA